AUGACUCUUACACCCAAGCGCAAGUGGUAUCUAGCAUUUGUGAUUGCAGCCUCCACAGUCAGUGCUGGAGGAGUACGUUUAGUGGAUGGCCCAAACAACUGCUCUGGCAGGGUGGAGGUGUAUUAUGCAGGCCAGUGGGGUACAGUGUGUGAUGAUGACUGGGACCUUCUGGAUGCCAAGGUAGUGUGUAGAGCGCUGGGCUGUGGGGUGGCGCUGGAGGCCCCGGACCAGGCUCACUUUGGCCAAGGCAGGGGGGAGAUCUGGCUAGAUGAUGUGGAAUGUUCUGGGAAUGAAGAGGCGCUGCUUGGUUGCAGCUCAGAUGGACUGGGGUCACACAACUGUGGACAUUCUGAAGAUGCAGCAGCGAUAUGUGAGUGGCAGUCAGUGCGCCUAGUUGAUGGUCCUAACCGCUGCUCUGGCAGGGUGGAGGUCUACCAGGAUGGGAGUUGGGGGACAGUCUGUGAUGAUAACUGGGCUUUGCUAGAUGCCCAAGUUGUAUGUAGGGAGCUGAGCUGUGGACCAGCCACAGAGGCUCCUCACCAGGCUCACUUUGGUGAGGGGAGUGGCUCAAUCCUAUUGGAUGAUGUGGCGUGCAUGGGAGGUGAGGGAUCUUUACUGGAAUGCAGCUCAGGAGGGAUAGGAAACCAUGACUGUGGCCAUGAUGAAGAUGCCAGUGUAACUUGCAUGAUGGAUGGCAUUUCCAGAGUGCGUCUGGUCAACGGUCCCAACAACUGCUCUGGUAGAGUGGAGGUGUUUGACUCUGGCCAGUGGGGUACAGUGUGUGAUGAUGGCUGGGAUCAGAGGGAUGCUCAGGUGAUGUGCAGAGAGUUGGGCUGUGGAGAAGCACUAGAGGCCUUUGGAUCUGCCAGGUUUGGAAAGGGCAGUGGCUCCAUCUCUUUGGAUGACUUGGCCUGUUCUGGCUCUGAAGACUCUUUGCUGCAGUGUCCCCACAGUGGCCUGGGUAACCAUGACUGUGGCCACCAUGAAGAUGCAGGAGUCACCUGCGCUGGUCCUACAGAGAACAACAGCAUUUUCAGAGUGCGUCUUGUCAAUGGUCCCAACAACUGCUCUGGUAGAGUAGAGGUGUUCCACUCUGGCCAGUGGGGUACAGUGUGUGAUGAUGACUGGGACCUGCUGGAUGCCAAGGUAGUGUGUAGAGCGCUGGGCUGUGGGGUGGCGCUGGAGGCCCCGGACCAGGCUCACUUUGGCCAAGGCAGGGGAGAGAUCUGGCUAAAGGAUGUGCAAUGUUCUGGGAAUGAAGGGUCACUGCUUGGCUGCAGCUCAGAUGGACUGAGGUCACACAACUGUGGACAUUCUGAGGAUGCAGCAGCGAUAUGUCAGGGCCAGUCGGCUGACUUGACAGUGCGCCUAGUUGAUGGUCCUAACCGCUGCUCUGGCAGGGUGGAGGUCUACCAGGAUGGGAGUUGGGGGACAGUCUGUGAUGAUAACUGGGCUUUGCUAGAUGCCCAAGUUGUAUGUAGGGAGCUGAGCUGUGGACCAGCCACAGAGGCUCCUCACCAGGCUCACUUUGGUGAGGGGAGUGGCUCAAUCCUAUUGGAUGAUGUGGCGUGCAUGGGAAGUGAGGGAUCUUUACUGGAAUGCAGCUCAGGAGGGAUAGGAAACCAUGACUGUGGCCAUGAUGAAGAUGCCAGUGUAACUUGCAUGAUGGUGUAUCAUGCGGGGCAGUGGGGUACGGUGUGUGAUGAUAACUGGGACGUGAGCGCUGCUGACGUGGUCUGCAGACUGCUCCGCUGUAUGUGGGUGAUAGAUGCCCCCGUAUGGGCCUGGUUUGGUAUGGGAGAUGGUAUUCCCAUUCUUCUGGACAACAUGGCCUGUGUUGGAACAGAGGAAUCUCUCUUUGACUGCCCCUCUGAUGUGAAAGGUCAGUGCAACUACAUGCAUCCUGAGGAUGCGAGCGUUGUCUGCUCAGAUGGCAUUUCCAGAGUGCGUCUGGUCAACGGUCCCAACAACUGCUCUGGUAGAGUGGAGGUGUUUGACUCUGGCCAGUGGGGUACAGUGUGUGAUGAUGGCUGGGAUCAGAGGGAUGCUCAGGUGAUGUGCAGAGAGUUGGGCUGUGGAGAAGCACUAGAGGCCUUUGGAUCUGCCAGGUUUGGAAAGGGCAGUGGCUCCAUCUCUUUGGAUGACUUGGCCUGUUCUGGCUCUGAAGACUCUUUGCUGCAGUGUCCCCACAGUGGCCUGGGUAACCAUGACUGUGGCCACCAUGAAGAUGCAGGAGUCACCUGCGCUGGUUCUGCUUCCGGGGCCUUCUGA